AGAGACAGUAUGUGUAGGGCUGCAUUUGAACGAGGGGGUGGCACUGCACAAAAAUAGCGCUAAAGGAACAUCAAAGAUGCAAGACAAAAGGGAUUCUCUAUAACCUUUCUUACUUUUUGAACCUUUGACUUUGCACUCACUGCGAGCGUAGGUGAUGUUGCACGAGCGAUAAUGAGCGAUAGAUUGGGCAAAGAGGCAGAGAUCGAGAUUUGGACUGAGAAUAAGGAGGGGAGGGGGGAUUUAAAGGGAAAGAAACAGAGGGAGAUUUAGAUAGAGCCUACAGAGUAAGUGCGAGGGAAGAGAGCCAGCGCAGAGAAGGAGCAGAGGGAGCGGAUGGGAGAAGAGAAGAGGAGAGGCAUUGACUGGAAGCAUACACAUGGAAGAGAGAAGAAAACGGCUAUUUCAUGUGUUCACUGUGCAUGACUGAAGAGUGCGGCUGUCUGACUGGAUUGUUAGUCAUCUGCUGCCCCACAACUAGAGGACGUACAAAAAGCACACAGGCAGGCUGGGAAUAUAGAGCUGUGUGCAGAGGAUGAACAGGCGGUGUGGGCUCGUUGGCUGUGAUCGCUGUCCUCAGACCCCAUAGCCUCUUCCACUGGUGCUGUUGCAGGCCGUUAGCCUUGCAGUUAGACAGCAACAGUCAUAAAUACAGAAUGAGCUCCAAGCACUCCUCCGACUGGAUUCCCUACAGCACUUUAGAUGAUGAGGGCACCAACCUCCGCCAGCAGAAACUGGACAGACAGCGAGCACUCCUUGAACAGAAGCAGAAGAAGAAGAGGCAAGAGCCCCUGAUGGUCCAGUCUAAUGUGGAUGGGAGAUCACGGACCCGUCGGACCAAGCAAAGUGAGGAACAGGCUCCACUGGUGGAAUCCUACCUCAGCAGCAACAGCAGCACUAUCUACCAUGUGCAAGAAGCUGAACAGGAAGAGGUGAAGGUGAUGUCGGAUCCACAGCCACCACGCUCAGCCAAAAAGGGCAAAGCAUCAGCCAGUUCCACUCCACAGACAGGCAGUGAAAAGAAGGAGAGGAAGGGGAAACACAAAGCAGGGAUCGAUGGCCUGGCUUCCCAGCAGGAUGACAGUCAGAUCCAGAUCCUGACAGUGGGUCACCCCACCUCAGAGGAGGCCGAGGCAGAGCCCGUGAUGAGCUGCACUCAGUCUCAGAGUAAACAGGAUCUUCGCGUGACCAUGCUCAAAAAAGGUAUAUCGAGCAGCAUGAAUUUUGAUGAAGAGGAGGAUGAUGAUGAUGAAAUUAGCUCCAGCUCUUCACAGCUCAACAGCAACACAAGACCAGGCUCUGCCACCAGUAAAAAGUCCAGCAAGGAGGUGGCCUCAGCACCCACUCCACCAGUCAGUGAACCUGCCAUUGAUGUUGAUGACCUUGAGGAGUUUUCGCUGCGCCCAGCACCGCAGGGGGUCAGAGUGAAGUGCAGAAUCACCAGGGACAAAAAGGGCAUGGACAGAGGCAUGUAUCCGACCUACUAUCUCCACCUGGAGAGAGAGGAUGGCAAGAAGGUGUUCCUGUUAGCUGGGAGAAAGAGGAAAAAGAGUAAAACAUCAAAUUACCUCAUCUCCAUUGAUCCAACUGAUCUGUCUCGAGGUGGAGAGAGUUUUAUUGGCAAACUGAGAUCAAACCUCAUGGGAACUAAGUUCACUGUAUAUGACAACGGUCUGAACCCUAUGAAGAGCACCACCAGCCUCGAAGCUAGCAACUUGCGUCAAGAGCUAGCAGCCAUUUGCUAUGAAACCAAUGUCUUAGGAUUUAAAGGGCCUCGAAAAAUGAGUGUCAUCAUUCCCGGAAUGAACAUGGACCACGAGAGAGUUUCUAUUCGGCCACGAAAUGAUCAUGAGUCACUGCUGGCCAGGUGGCAGAACAAGAACACAGAGAGCGUGAUUGAACUUCACAACAAGACGCCUGUGUGGAACGAUGACACACAGUCCUACGUGCUCAACUUCCACGGCAGAGUCACUCAGGCUUCCGUUAAGAAUUUCCAAAUUAUUCACGACAAUGACCCUGACUAUAUUGUGAUGCAGUUUGGCCGUGUGGCAGAAGAUGUGUUCACCAUGGACUAUAACUACCCAAUGUGUGCCCUGCAAGCCUUUGCUAUUGCCCUCUCCAGCUUUGACAGCAAGUUAGCUUGUGAAUAGACUCCAGCCUGAAGUUCAGUGGAUAACAACUCCUCCUGUUGUCUCAACAAGGGCUGCUUAUGUAUCACUGGGGCUGAUUUGAGAUCACCUGUUACCUUGGAAGUCCCACAUAUCCUGAAAUGCUUUAUGGGACUUAAAUUAUGUGUACGUAUGUGUGUGGGGGUGGGGUGGGACCUCAGGAUGGUGUUUGUCAGUGGAAGAAAACAAGCACAAAGAGUAAUCCACUUUCCAAAUCAGAUUCAUUUGUUUUGAUAACUAUAGUCAUUUUGUACUGCACUGGCAUUAUAAAUAUGUUUCUUUAUGUAGUAGUUCUAGUAAUUUAACAUUUCUUUAUCUGUGAACUAUAACUAACCGUUAUACAUCAGUAAGUUUAAAAAAAAAGUUGACUGGGUUUAUGUAGUCUACCAACACAAAGUCACACGCUUCCUCGAGCAUGGAUACUGCUUAUAUACUUACUGAAUUAAUAAUAACAUGCAUGUCACAAUGUAUUUAUUUUAUUGACAUAUUUAUUACCUGCACAUUUUAUGUUCUCUGCUGUCAUUUGCAACAAAUUCUGCUGUAAUCGCUCCACGGAACUGCAAGCACAUUAAAUGUCAUGCUAGGAAGAUCACUUGUAUCCACAGUAAAAACAAAAAAAAAAUUAGAGGUAUGAAAAGGGGAAAGGCAUGUUACACAGUGCUGUGUAUCAUAUACAAUAUUGUGUCACAGUGUCAUAUACGUGAAUGUGUAGGAUGAUGGUGCACUUUACUUUGAAGUCUGUGGUGGAUGAGCUAUAGCUGUACAUACUUUAUUGUGCCUUUGAAGACUAAUUCCAGUGUUACACCUUGGCCGUAAAAGGAGCUGAGCUUGAAUUGGUCUUUGCGUUUUUUGCUUUCCUCACAUACACCGAGAGGAUUUCUCUGUAGCUACUUAAAUUUUUUUUUUUCUUUAAUGAAAGUUCAUUUCGACUGAAUAACAAUGCCUGGGGUUGCACAACAUUCAGAAGAUAAUAAUAAGUGUGCAUCUUAAGAUUUUAACUUAAAAUUAUAUUUAGGGUCCAGAACAUGUUGCACUAAAUAGAUGGCUAUUUAUUUACACAAUACUGUAAAUCAGGCAGCAGAUAUAUAGCAGAUAUCUGAGGUACUCAGGCCUAAGUGUCACGGUCCUGGCUCAGUGUUUUUAGUUAUUCAUUUAUGUUCUAGUUAAGCUUAUGUAGUUCAUUUCUAUUAUGCUAGGUUGCUGUUAUUGUUCAUUGUUUAGUAGCUUCCCCGUUUUCAAAGUCUCGUUUUCAUGCCCGUUGUAUUUAGGUUUACAUUUUCCUGUGGCAUCAUUAUGUUCAUUCUAGUCAGCUGUUUCCUCACGUGUCUCCACUUCCCCUCAUCACCUCAUGUGCACAUUUAAGUCUUUUGUCUCUUACUGUUCGUUGUCAGGUCGUCUGCCUGUGUUCCCCCAUGUCAGUCUUAGUCAAAGUUAUAGUCUUAGCUGUCGAGUUAAGUUGUUUUUUUUUUUUCUUUAUUUAUGCUUAUCUAGUCCUCCUCUCGCUUUUGAUUCUUGUGUCAGCCCAAAUGAAAGCUCGCCUUUUGUUUAACUUUAGUUCAGUUCUCUCACGUCCGCUUUUUGGGUCCAUACCUUAAACACACCAGCUGCCCAGCCGUGACACUAAGGUUGUGCUGGUAUCUUCUGAUCUCUGCUUGGAAAAUGUACCGAACAGAAAUUGACUUACUGCCAACAGACAUACUCGUACAAUGUGAAACUAGCUUCGAUGCAUCUUCCAUCUUUUGCUUUAUGUAUUAAAUUAGCUCUGUGCUUCACUGAGAUGGAGUAUGAUACAUUCCUCAUCCGACUGGCAGUAAGUUUCUAUAUCACGUAGUUUAUUGCUGUUCAUAUUUUUACUCAAACUAUUAUUCCUCUUGCUCCUUAUGGGGCAGUAUCCUUUCUCAAAUAUAUGACGGUAUUUUGUAUUUUACGACCAUUAAAAAAAAAAAAUGCUGAAUGGAGGUGACGAAUAAUCUCCACUAUUGUUACUGUGGGUUCUGAGCAAAUCUUUAUCAAAUGUGCUAUUCUUGUACUCAACUGUGUUCUAACUAUUUCAAAUUUCUAUUUUAAAACUGUUGAUACUCUUGCUGUAAAGUCUGCUUUUCAUACAUGUGUCCAAGAGCCAGAGGUUCUGUCACUUUGUUUUUCGUGCUGUCAUUGUAAUGUACAGUAAAUGGUGUACAAUUUACUUUGGUGGUACACAGUCCUUUGUUCAUGAAAAAAAGAAAUAAAAUUACAUAAAAAUA